GUUUAUAAAAUGAAUGGUUCGCACUGUGAAAUUGUCCAGUAGUUGGAGGUGUUUUGAAGAAUUCUCGCUCAGCGCCAUCGGUUCAGAAUUUAAAUCUCCAUAAAAUGGAUAACAAAUUGCUUGCUAUACUUUUCUGUGCUUUGCUAGGAGUAGUGACUGUGGAAUGCAUCGUGGGUGGUCAAACAGCGCUUCCCAACCUGGCAUAUGAGGUGGUAUCGAUUCAGAGUCCGACGCACAUUUGCGGUGGUGUUCUGGUGAAAGCCGCAUGGGUUCUAACGACGGCCUCGUGCGUGAACGAUAAAACCGUUGGCAAUCUCAAGGUCCUCGUGGGAUCUCAUCGGCUGCUGACCAACAUAGAACGGGUUAUGGUGACUGUGAAAAGGGUGCACCCUUCGUACGAUACGACAACUGGUGUAAACAACGUGGCCCUGCUCAAGCUUGAAAAGGACGUAACGUCGAAUCGCGUGAAGGCCGUUACGUUGAACGAUGCGGCCGUUACCACCGGAACUCCGACGAUCUUUUACGGCUGGGGUUCGCUAAAGUAUGGUUCAUCUGCCAAAUCAAACAUUCUGCAAACAUUAAACCAGAAGGCACUGAGUGUGGCUGAUUGUGCUGAAAAAGUUCCUGGAUUACCAACCGGAUUCAUUUGCGCGCAAAUUCAACAUGGCCAGGCAGCUUGUGCGAAAGACGAAGGUGGUCCUUUGAUCAACUACAUUGACGGCAAAUUGCUUGGAAUUUACGAUCAUGGAACGCAAUGUAGUGGGGAUGCCCCUGAUGUGUUCGUUGAUGUUUUCUAUUUCAAUGCUUGGAUAACUGGAAAUGCUGUCUAAAAUCAACAAAUAAAGUAGUUAUUCGAUGAAACAUUUUCUACGAUGAACAAU